CCUUUUAUGUCUCUUUAUUUAUAAUUUUAUAAAUAAAAACGUACAGGUUCGUUAUUAUAAUUAUACCUUUUCAGAUGCAAAAAAAGAUAUUUAAAUAUUCUAUUAAGCAAUCGGACGUUAGAAGCGAAACUAGAAUGAGUAACUAUCAUAAUUGUCGCCGCUCUCGAUGUUUCCUAAGCUGCUCUGAAUCAAAUGCGCGAUUUUAAUUUCUUAAGAACCACGCCCGGAAUUCGUCCAUGUUCCUCCUCGAACGACUACUUCCUCCCUCCUACCUCCUCUCCUUUGCAUCUUCGUAUGUUUCUUUCUUAAUCAUUACCCACAAAGAAAUCCAUAUACCUUUCCCUCUCCCAUUGGUCAUGCCCAAUCACUUCGAACAAGCUUGUGCCCAAAAUUCGAUUAAACCCCCUACAAUCUCACCCGCAUAUAAAUAGUGGCCAGAUACCAUUUCGCAGCAGAAUCCAGUAGUCAUUCCUUCAAACAAGCAAAAUGGCAUUUAAGUUCGUGAUAUUAGCCGUCUUCGUGGCAGUGGCAAAUGCCGGCGGACCAGCGUCCUACGACAUCGGCACAUUGUCCUCUGAUCACAGCAGCAUCGGCUACAGCCAAGAGUCCACGCAGAAGGGCUACGCUGGCCAAAACGUGGUGUCCUCGUACAGCCGGGCCGAGGACACCGCGCAUUCAUCGGUGCGCGUGAGCAACAGCCACGUGAGCAACGAUCUUUUGGAACACCAUGUCGGCUAUGCCACACCCGUGAUCGCCAAAACGUAUGCCGCACCGGCCUUGGCCAAGCCCUUGAUCGCCGCGCAACCCGUCAUCGCCAAAGCCGCUUACGGAUACGCACCAGCCCUGACUGCUUAUUCCGCUCACCCUGCUCCGGCGGUCUUCGCCAAAACCACUUACGGAUACGCCGCCGACUCCGCUUACGGAUAUGCCGCGGCCGCGCCGAUCUACGCCAAGGCAACCUACGCCGCACCAGCCGCUUAUGCCAGCCCAUUGCUGACGAAGUCUUAUGCCGCUCCGCUCGUCGCUAAGACCGCGUACACCACUUACGCGGCACCGGCAGCAGCCCCCUUGAUCGCCAAGACCGCCGCUGCGUAUACCGCUUAUGCGGCACCGGCAGCAACCCCCUUGAUCGCCAAGACCACCGCUGCGUACACCGCUUACGCGGCACCGGCAGCAACCCCCUUGAUCGCCAAGACCGCUUACGCAUACGCACCCGCCGCUGCUCAUCAACUCGUCGCAAAGACCUAUGCACCGGCUCUCGCGUAUACCGCUCAUGCCGCGCCGGUGGUCGCCAAGACUUACGCUGCCCCUUACUCAUACGAAACAGCCGCCCCCAUAGUACACGCCACUUUUAGCGGCUUCGGCACUAACUAUUCCUGGUAAACAGAUUAGUACAUACAUUAAUUAACUUUCGCAAUUUGCCAUGACAAUAAUUAUGAAAAUUGUAACUCUCUCAGCAAGCUUUCCAAUGUUAUCAUAUUUCGUCUGAAACGCGCAAGAUUUUCUACGCAUCCAUUUUUAAAAAGAGCAUGAUAAAUUGAUGCUGGAAUGUAUCAAAAUCUUUUUUUUCCGUAGUGCUCGUGUGAACAAUUGUCAUCACAUAAUUUAAUUCCUUCUCGAAAAAUUUACUUUGAUAAAUAUUUAUAUUAAUAUUACGUUAAUAAUUUAUAUUAAUAAAAAAAUAAAGGUUUAUAUGAUUUAUUAUCACAUUAUAAGUAAUUUAAUUAAUUAAAAUCAUCAAUUUAGGACAUUCAUAUACGAGAUAAUGAAGUAACGUGCGUACACAAUUGAUAAGUGACAAAAGAACAGGAUACAAUGACAUUAAUAGAAA